AUGGACARGUUUUUGGCCUCGUGUGAUACAACAGAUCCAACAACAAGUGAUGAAGCAGACUUAUGGCUACAAGGUCUUGAUUUUAGUGAAUUCAUUAMAAUUUAUAACGCAUCUGAUGAAAAAGUUCCAGAAGUACUGGAUUUCUUCUUACAAGGUAAAGGCUUGGAGUACGACACCCUUCUUCCCCAGCCUAAAGCACCAUGUUUUAUGGACGCGUCUGAUGAGACAGGUCCAGAAGCGCAGUAUUCCUACUCACAAAAUGAACCAAAUCAUCCAACAGUUGGUUUGGAACAAGAGRAAUCAAAUGCCCCAUCAAACCCGGGAAGAUUCCAUUGCAAUAUAUGUGGAAAGUCAUUCACUAGAUCUGACAACAUGAAGCGCCAUCAUGAUAAUAGUCAUACGGCACUGUUCAAGACCUUUCAAUGCUCUUAUUGUUCAGARAAUUUCAAGCUUAAAUUCAACAAGAAAAGGCACGAACGUGAAGUCCAUGAAAAACAGCUUAAAUGUAAAAAAUGUGGUAAGGAGUUUGACUGCGACAGAGCUUCUUACAUCGGACAUGUACGUGGUUCCCACAAGAACCGAGUAACAAGUACACAAUAA